UUGCCUGAUUUGCCUACCUAGCUCGAAUUAAUGAGCUAGCGUAGACCUACCCCCAGUAAUGAUGGACCCUCUUUCCUUUCUCCUACCUUUAAAGCCCUCCCCAUUUACAGUCUCUGGAGUGCUAUUUGCAAAGAAUUCUUGCAAAACCAUUCUGUAUGUGCCCCUUCUGGCUUUAAAAAUGAGUGAUGGGGCUUCAGCUUACGUAACAGGAGAGGCUAGGGCUGGGAUUUCUCAGGAAGGGCAUGGUUUGUUGCUAAUAAAAACUUAAAGUAAGAAAUGACAUGUGGCCUCUUUCAUAGAAUUCAGAAAGUGUUCGCUUCCUUUCAGGAAGAAAGGAAAAUAAGAGGUGGAGCUGAAAAGACGUAUUACAUUGCUGGGAAUUUCCCCAUUGUAGACAUAUGAAUUGCCUUCCUGUCCUUUAGCAGUUUAGGUUCAACCUCUCCUAGAGUUUACAUUUUUGGAGGUGAAGUGAAGAGUCAGAAUGGUUGAACAAGGAUUAGCCAAAUGUAUCUGUACUUUUACUGCUGUUUUGUUGUUCUUGCUGUUCUCUGCUAUGUGCUGUUCAGGGCUGAGUUGUGGGCAAAAUGAAUAUCCCUUACAUGGAAAAUGCUGCAAGGAGUGUGCUCCUGGCCAGGAAAUGAAAACUCGCUGCACAGUAACCUCAGGUACAGAGUGUGUCCCUUGCCGAGAUGGAUACUAUAACUCAAACCAUAACUACUAUAAAUGCAAACGCUGCACCGCCUGCAAUGCAAAGAGGGGAAGAAUAGAGGUGAAGAAGUGUGAUAAGAGAUCAGAUGCAGUUUGCACAUGCAUGAGGGGUUACACCCUGGCUGACACAUCAUCAGAGGAAUCUGCAUCAGGAAAAAAUUGCGUCCCUUGUUCUCAUGGACAUUUUUCCAAUGGCAACAAUGAGAAAUGUCAGCCCUGGAAAAACUGCACCGCUAAUGGGAAAAAGACUCUGAGAGCUGGGACACAAACAGAAGAUGCCAUUUGUGACGACCAGGGCGAACAGGCUACCACACUCCGAACAUCCACCUUGUACCUCUUUGUCAUCGAUCCCAGACGCAACAGUUCUACGGCAGCACUCACCACCUUCACCCCCCAAAACAACCUUUCCAACCCGGAGGUUAUAAAUGACAACCAAGCAGGGACUAACUGGGGGUUCUUAUCCCUCAUUCUGAUUUGCUUAACGUUGCUCCUGGUAUCUGGAAUGUCCAUCCUCCUCUUGACUAUCCAGACAGCCAAAAAGGAGACGACAAAGAGGCCUCCUGUGAACAGACAACAUGAUGGAAAGAGCUUUCGAAUUCCUAUCCAGGAAGAGCAAAUCGACUCCAAUUCCAGUCUCAUCAAAAACUGAUUCCCGGUUAUGCUACAUGUUACUGCCAACUGAGCCAAACAGGAGUAGCCUAGUAAUGUAACACAUGCUCCUCACGUAAAGGAAUAUUACAUAUGUUUUGAUCUUCGUUCCAGGGCUGGCUGCAUGACUGUCUCCUUUUUGGUCUCUCUGAGUGCAUCCACUCAAGUCUUGGACCUCAUGCCUCUUCCUCUCUUGGAGUAGAGUCAUGUGAUUCUCCCACUGUUUGACUGAGUCAUGGGUAUGGACUGUGCUUACCAAGUAGGUCCUUACUGAGUUUGAGAACCUACAGCUUUUCCCUUUGGGAGUUUGUCACCAGUGGUCCAUGAUGAGCAGAGCUUUCUGAACCCCUAGUAUUGUAUUUAGCAAUCAUAGAAUGCAUUAGCGAGAGGAUUUCAAAAUGACAGUCUAGCCUUACUCUUCUUCCUAUGCAGGCCUCUUUUCUCCAGACCCCCACUCAAGGUCCUGUAUCUGAGUCUCCUUCCAGUCUGGUUCCCUGGAGGCUCUCCCUCCCCCUGAGAGAGUGGCCCCCAUUGAAUCUUGCUUGGGUUCAUUGUUGUCUUGUGAUUGUGAGCCUUGGUCUGUCCUGCUCAAAACUGUUUUGUAGGGUGUCUGGAGCCAUGGCAACAGAAUCAUUGACAAUAAUAACUGUAGCACAGCCAACAGGUUUUAAGCGUUUGUUGAGAGGGUGUAAUCUAGAGCCAUGCUGCUGCUUUCUGUCUGUGUCAGCCAGGUACCUGUUGUGCAAAUACAGUGCAUUCAUCUGGUAAAUACCAUCCUGCUAACCCUGAUUAGAGAGUAAUCCAAAUCUGCAUGGAAAGGCAGAGUCUUUACACUCACAGCCUUGAGAGACAGUAGUGGGGAACUGUGCAGCUCAUAGUGAACAAGCAUAUCACUUGUCCUCAUUUCAGGCGUUAUCACUCAGCAUUUGCACCACUACUUCACCUGCAAACACACACACCCUCUUGUGCUUCCUGUUUAUCUUCAUGUGCAUCACCAUGAACUUCCUGUGAUGAUGGGUGUCUGCAGACAAGAAAGAGCAGGUGAAGGGUGGGAGCAGAUGGAGUGAAAAGCAAAUGUAGAUACUAUGCAAAAGGGGGCCGAGUUGAGGAAAAGAGAACUUCCAAUGGAAGCAUAAAUAGUAACUACUGGGCCAGAUGCUAAUCCACUGACUUCAGUGGAACUAGGUGGGUGCCUUGGGGUAUCCGGCGUACUGUCUGAAUACAUUGUGUGGUUGGUGUUGCUUUCGAGGAUUCUUCUCUCACUGACAUCACAAUUAAACUGAAACUCUCUGGGGGGGGGGAUGAAAUUACAAUCAAAGUCGAGCUAACGAUGCAAAGCCCCAAAUAGCUAGAAGCUUGCAAACUGUGAAGCCACUUUGUCACUGAUCCUUGCCGCUUUCCACUGUUGUUUCUGAACCCCUUUCUGUACCCACAGUAUUAUAAGUCUGCGCUAAGUAAUCCCAACAAACCCCUUUCUGAAUGAAGGUGCUGUCUUGCUAGCUUUGCAGCACAUGACUUCUUGUACAUAUACAGUAAUAUCUUUUCUUGAACUCAGGUAUUGGCUGGGAACAGACAAUGGAUUGGUAUUCCAGUAGCAACACCCAGGGUUUUCUGCAGAUGUCUUGACAAUAGAGCUAUGCAGAACCCUGCUGGUAAUCGAUAGACAAUCCAGACGCAGGCUGAUAUCCUGAACUUGAGUGCUUUGUGGCAGUUCACACUCGAACUGAACGAAUACUGAUCCAGCUCCUAGCUGAAAUCAAUAGGCUACAUCUACACUGGCAGCUCCUUGCACAAGAACAGCUGUUCUUGCGCAAAAACUUGCUGGGUGU